AUGUCUCAGCGAAUAUUUGAUUUCCAUGGCGACGAUCAAGCCUACAUCAACUUUCUCGAAUGCCAGCUGAUCAGCGCUCAAUGGGCUAGUCUCAUGGACUUUCCCAAUCCUGCGGGUGAGGUUGUCAUGCAAGAGCCGCCUUCCACGAGUAGCAUUCAAUUUGUGCAAUACACUCCUUCGUUUCCUCCAGCCCGUUCUCAAACUGUUGAGCGAGGUGAGCCACCGUGGAAGAGGCAGCUUGACGACUUCAUUUCUGCUCUUCCCACCGAGAAGACCUGGGACGAGGCGAGGGAAAGGGCUGGAAUCAAUACCUUAAACAAGAACCAAAUGGCGGUGCGGCUGAUGCUAGGUCAUACGAAUCCUCUUGCAUUCCGCUCGGCACAAGACACUGCGAUGAUCUCUCGCACACUUCCAUCAGAGAAUCAGGACCUGGUGGAGAGAGGCUACCAAUAUGCACAGUUUAUUCAGUACUGUUUGGGUGAUCUCGACUUCAAGAAAUCUGUGGUAUCCUUCCAGAGCUUGAUAUUUGCCAGCUACUGCACAGUCUUGAUUCAAGUUGGAGUAUCGAAAGCUACGACAAAUGAUAUGAUGAGGCAAUAUAUCGAUCGGAACAACGAUGAUAGCACUCUCGAGGGGUAUCGUCGGGGGGUGGUAUGGAUCAAUCGAUGCAUUGCAGGUCUCCUUGCCAAUGGCUGGGGGCACAAGAGCUGGGAGAUCUUCCUACUCGGUAAGUCUCACGAUCCCCGACGUGACUAA